AUGGCUUCUGUUAACCAACGAAAAACUCUGGAUGGUGAACGACAGCGCGUGGGAGAGCUGGUGCAACCACCCAGAGAGGUUUCACACCAGCCUCCCGGCCAGCGACACCUUGACGGAGAUUGGUUCCGUGAACCUUCUUUCCGCCCUGUUGUGAAAUACUCAGCCACUUUGCAUAACAAUCUGUUCAACUCCGUCCACCGUCUGCGGAUAGAAUCGAUAGACUGA